UUCAGGUCUCCUACUGCAUUCUAUACAAUAAGAUUUAAACUCCUAAUGAAUUCUGGAAGGACCCUUCACCUUUCUCGCAGGCUAAAGGGACUGCAGGAUAUCCCUGCACUGCUGAUUUUCUCUACUGUGAAGAGAAAUGCAGUAUAUUGAAGAAAGGAUCAUAAGCGCAUGCUGGUCAUGUCCCAUACAUUUUGCUUUACUACAUGUUACCAGUGUAAUAAAGAGGUAUACAUCUGGAAUCAAUUGUGGAACAUGUGGUUGGACCUUUUGUACCCAGGAGGAGGGGCCAAGAGCUGCCUGGGAAUGUGGACAUCAGCUGGGGCGCCGAAUAUGUGCAGGUACUGGGCAUGCGCGAAGCUCAUUCCGCGCUGGAGUCCAUCGGGUGAGGUUCCUGUUGCUGGAGCUCCCAGGCCUAGGCCUAGGCCUGUCGGUGGGAGGCUGGACCCGCCCCCGGUGGGUCCGAAGAUCCCCCCUGAGGCUGGACACCACUGCUGGAUGGCCGGAUCCCCGGCGAAGAAGGGGAGAAGGUAUACAUCUGGAAUCAAUUGUGGAACAUGUGGUUGGACCUUUUGUACCCAGGAGGAGGGGCCAAGAGAUGUUUCAGUACCCUUGGUAGCGCAGCAGACUAAAGCACUGUUAAGUAACACCAGCUGCCUGCAAUUACUGCAAGUUCAAAUCUCACCAGGCUCAAGGUUAACUCAGCCUUCCAUCCUUCCGAGGUAGGUAAAAUGAGGACCCGGAUUGUGGGGGCAAUAAGCUGACUUUGUAUAAAAAAAGAACACCGCUUUGGGGGGGGGCGAAAGCCCUACUAAGCAGGUAUAUACAAAAGUACGAAUAUUAGAAGGACAUGAUUUAUUGUUGGGUUGGCACGCUUUUAUGUGGUAUAAAAGUACAAAAGUACAGGGUUAUUUCAGAAGACAUAUGAUAUGAGAGUCUUUGUUAUUAAACUGGGAGAAGAUCAAACAAUGUCACUAUUUAAAAAUUCCAGUCUGGUUAUCACCUAUUGAAGCAGUCUCACAUGCAAUAACAUUUAGGAAGGAACAAAUUGUUAGAUAUGGUGAAUUAUUAAAUGAAAGGGGUGAACUUAAGUCAAAGCAAGAACUAGAAGAACAAGAGCUUGAAAUGGAUUGGUUUUCAUAUAUGCAAAUACAGUUUAGAUAUGAUGAAGAUUCUAAAAAGGAGGGUUUUUAUAGUAACUUGAUAAACAUAGAUAAAAUCUUAACAGGUUCUGAUGACCAUGUAAUUAAAAAACUGUACAGUCAUUUAUUAGAAGUAAAAUUGGCAGAAGAACAAGUUAAAGAAACAAUGAUUGCAUGGGGGAAAAAUGUGGGUCAUGGGAUUGACUUAGAGAAAUGGGAAAAAUUAUGGUUGCAGAAUUAUAAAAUGACAAUGUCAACAGCAUAUAAGGAAAAUUUGUAUAAGAUGUUUUACAGGUGGCAUUUACCCCUGGCGAGAAUAGCCAGAAUGUACAAGAAUAAAUCGGAGAAAUGUUGGAAGUGUCAUCAGACUCCGGGCUCAUAUUACCAUAUGUGGUGAACAUGUGCAGAAGCUAAAAGAUAUUGGACUAAAAUCCACAAAUGCCUGGAAAAAAUGACAAAGAAGCAUAUUGACUUUAAACCAGAGACAUUUUUAUAGGGGAUUUUACCAGAAAUAUACAAUAGAGAAAUGAGAUAUUUAAUUGGGAAUGUUUUAACAGCAGCUAGAAUUGUAUUUGCUAGAAACUGGAAAAGUGAGAAGAUACCCACGGAUGACGACGUUAUCAAGAAAAUUUUGGAGUGUGCUGAAAUGAGUAAAUUGACAUUUGAAAUUAGAGAACAAGAAGAAACAAUAUUAUUUGAUAUGGGAUUUAUUUUAUCAAUGGUUAGACAAGAAAGAAUGGAAAUGAAAUAUGAAAUAUGAAAUGGAUAAGAUAAUAAAACAUAUAAAGGGUUUUUUUUCCCCCUUAUAGAGGACAAUUUACUGCUAAAUAAUUGGUAAAUGAGAAUAAUAAUGUAAUAAACUGUUAAAUAAGAAAAUGUUGGAUAGAGGAUUAGGCACAAAAGAUUUGUAACCGAUCAAUACACUUUCUGUAAUUGUAAUGGAUGAUAAUUGUUUUAUGUUUUAAGUUUUGUUUAAAAAUAAAAAAAAAUUCCAAAAAAAAAACCAAAAAAAAAAAACCAAAAAACAAAAGUAUGAAU